AAUCACUUCUUCUUCUUCUUCUUCUUCUUCUUCUUCACAAAAACCAUUCCUUCUCGAAGUUUCUCUACUCCGGCGAUUCAAAUCAGUCUAGUUUUCGCAGAUCCGUAGUCAGUGGAAUGGCGAACGCCAAGAUUAUCUCAUCCUUGAUCGUUGAUCAACUCUCUGUUGUUGCCAGACGUGGAUUCGCGACAGCAACACAGGGGAGUGUAUCUGGAAGCCUGAGAGGAAGUGGAGUUGGAAUGAUGAAGAAAGGAGGCGAGGAAUCGAAGAAAUCGACUCCAUGGGUUCCAGAUCCCGUUACAGGCUACUACAAGCCGGAAAGCCAAAUAAACCAGGUUGACGCCGCUGAGCUCCGUGAACUACUGUCAAAACAGAAAAAUCGUCAACACUAAAUUAAAGCCAUUGAAAAUGGAUUCGUAAGUUGCAAGAUGAAGAUGAGUGAAGCUGAUUAAUAUCAUUCAUCCAAAAAUCCAUAGCGCCAUUGUUUAGAAACUUAUUGAUUUUGUUCAGCAGCAAUGAAGCAUUUGUUUUUCAUUUGGCCGGUCAAUAUUAUUGUUACUAAGCUAGGAAUCAUUCCAUUAAUAAAAAAAUAUACGUUAAAUACUAGUAAA